ACACACACACACACACACACACACACACGUGCACGUGCACAAAUAACUUUACUUCAAGACAGAGAGAGGUCGUUGCUUCUCAGAAGUUUAAAGGGAAUUUAAGAGUGUCUGCUGUUGCACAGAGCAGAAAGACAUCUUUCAUUGUUAGUACCAAGAUUUUAAUCAUUCUACAGCAUGGCCGGAAUGUAUGGAUGCUUCAAGAGCAAAAAAUGAAGCGGAGAAUGUCGCCGUGGGGAGCCAGCUUUGGAAGCGGGCGAAGCAGUGACCCUGCCGCCAUGGCAUCCGGACCUCCAGAUGUGAUGGCCAACCAGGAGCCUGCUGAGGUUGCAGAAGAGUGCUCAGGAAAGAAGAAGUCCAAGUUCCAGACUUUUAAAAACUUCUUUGUCAGGAAGAAGAAAAAGGAGCCAUCCGGGGAUGAUGCAGAGCUUCAAGGCAGCCAGUCGAGCGACAAUAUUAGUAAAACAUCCAAAAACAAUACACUCAGUCGCUCGGAGAAGGAGAAAGGGUCAAAGAUUAGCCUGGGCAGCAAGGCCUUGUCACACGACUCCGUCUUUGUCUCGGACUCGUCAGAGGCCAAUGAGGCUCUGGGGGCUUCUCAGGACAGCAUUCAUGGGAAAGUGAAAUCUCUUCAGCUCCAGCUGAAGCAGGCCAUCAGACUGGGCUCCCCUCCAUCGCUGAUGUGUGUCAAGAGGACAGAAGAUGCCGGAACCAUGUCGGAGGAUGACGGUCUGCCAUGCAGUCCCCCUGAGUCCACUUCAUCUCAAGCAGCCAUGAAUCAGGCCCAGAGAAACAGUUCCGUCAGCCUGGAGGGAUUAGACAGUGACGAGGACCAGUUGUCUUGCGCUGCUUCCAGCAGAGCAGUGAGCCCCCUGGUGACGGUUCCGGGAGAUUUCAGUCAGCCUGCAAGCCCAUUUGGCUGUCUGGAUAACUCUGCUGCCAAACACAAGCUGGGCCUGAGACACAAGGCCUGCAACAGGAGGAAACCUGCCAACAGGCUUGAAAUUCAAUCAGAGGAACACAACGGGAUGGAUGGAUCCCUGAGCAUCCACUUUCCAGAAGGUUUAGAAGCACAAGAGGAAGCGAAGAUAAGAGAUGUAAAUGGAGAUGCGCUGGAACAAAAGCUGAAGGAGGAAGACGAAGAUCCGGAGAAAGAGCGGCCCUUGUUGCAGGGAGCGGAGGGAGAGGAUGAGUCGGAAGCAGAGCAGGAUGUUUCACUCGCUCAGGACACUGCCUGUCAAUCAGAGGCGAUAGCAGCCGACAUUCAGUCUCCACCCUCCCCUGAUCUCAGUGCCAGAAGCUCCUCUCUGGACAGCCCCAGAGCCACGCCAGAGCCCCCCGUUGACCAUGAAGAUUUCCUGGAACAUUCACUUGUGAAUGGAAAAGAGGAGAACACGGAUGGACCAGAUCUGGCAGAAGACAAUGGAUUCGAGGAAGGUGUGGAGGAUGACAGCUCCUUCUUGCAGGAAGUGCUAAAUUCCCUGAAGACACCCCUACCUUCUUGCACUUCAUGUGUGGAUUCGGAGGAUGUUGUCCUGGAGGUGACGGAAGAGAACAAUGAGACAGAAGACCAAGAGGAGGUGAAGGAUGAGCCUGCAUUUGAUCAUCUUGCUCCUCGUGAUACCUUCCGAUUUGAUCAAUCCAACGAGGAAGAGACGAAGGAGGAGGUAGCGAUUUCGACGAGUCCUCAUCUGUAUGUUGACGAAGAGGAGGAAAGUGAAGAUGAUGAUGAAAAAGAAGAGGAGGAGGAAGAACCUGUCGUGGAACGAUUCACUCAGCCUUGCAUGCAGUUAGAUGAUGCGCCACCAGACUCGCCACGAAAAGCCAAACCUGAAGAACAAUUCGACCUGCCCCAAACCGAAUCAAAGCACUGGGAAGAACAAGAAACUGAAGCAAGUGAGGAAGAGCAGAAGCUGACAGAUGUUGAAGUGGUGGGAGAGGAUCCCGAGGUGAGGGUGGAUGAGGAGAUAGAGGAAAAACAACAGUGGAUGGAAGAAGAAGAAGAGUGGGAAAUGCUUCCUGAUGAAACGUGCCAAGAGGUUUGCAAUGUGUCCAUACUGCAGGAGCAGAGUGAAGCUGCAGAUGUUGAUGCCCUGAAUCACACCCAAUGCACACAUGAUAUCGAAACGCCACAAGAGUCAAAUGAUCCGGUAGCCGAGCCCGUACACGAGAGCCAAAUGUCCCCUCAUGAAAAUGACCGUGAAAGUCAAGAAAGACAGGGAGGAGCGCAGCAGGAUCACGACUUAAAGUGCACAGAGCUCCAUCCAGAACCACAGGAAGAAGCAGACCACAAUAAGGAUGGAGAUGUGGAGCAGGAAGAAUUGCUGGAGAUAAAAGAAGAGAUAGAAGUCAACCAAACAUCAUCACUUAGACUGUCUUGUUCCUCGUCACACUUUGAAUGUCCUUCACAAGACAGUGAGCCCCUCGCUCUAAGCACACCAAGCACUCCUAGUGAGACUGACACUUGCGUUGGGAUCGUCACUCCUCAAGAGAUCACCAUUCCCCGUGAGACUGCCACCAUUGGAGCGGCCGCCAUUUCCGCCGAAACCCUCCCUCAGAGCGAGACCAAAUCUCUUGCUGAGACCAACAUUCCCACUGAGACCUUCUCUAACACAGCGACCACUACUAUCCACAUGAACCUUGUCUCUCCAAACUCAGGGUUGGGCACUCUUGCCUUUCAGUUAUCCGCAACUGAUGAAGAUUCCAAAGUGGCAUCUUGCGAUACAACAGCAGAGCAACAGGAUGGUGAAGAGACCAUUGACGAGGUGAGAGAAAUAGAAGAAGAGCAGGUGACCCCGAGCUGUGAUACAGCGGCUGUUGUGGAAGAAAACAUUUCUCUUUCACCUGACGGGGAAGAAGUCAACCAGUCACUCGAAUGUCCCAAUGAGAGCAAAAUUCGCUUCACCGUCGCCCCCGCCUGGCAGAGAUCUCUCUCUAGUGGGGAGGCCAAAGAGAUCCUGCCCUCUUCCCCAAUGCCGCCCCUCAGCACAGGGCCUGGAGAUGAGGAUGCCCAGGAGGCCACCAUGAAGGACCCACAGGUGGAGGUCCAGGUGGAGAAAUGUGUGAAAACAACAGUGCCUGAUGGGACUGCUGUCAAAGCGCCAAAUGUGGUCCCGGACCCAGUCAGCGCGCAUACCUCAGCUGCAACAGCCAAAGAAGAGAGCCCUGUGGUAAUGGAGGGAAACUACAACACUCCCUUUGGAGUACGGCUGAGGAAGACAUCAGUUCUUCACCGCUUCAGCUCGGAAGAGGAAAACACGGAGGCACCCGCGGAGCCUCCAGCGCGGCCUGUUAGCUGUAAAGUUGAAGUGACCGGUUUCAAGCCCUCCACAAGUCAACCGGUCGGCACCAAACCUGCCCUUCCCAAGAAACCAGAUGUCCACGGGGAGACCGGAGUGAAAAGCAAGCGUGUCUCAGAGCCUGCUGCAGCUCGUGCUGUUUCUGCUGUCUCCGAGGGUCCCAGCUGGAUCUCCAUGGCCAGACAGAAACAGAAGAUCUAUAAAGAAAAUUCACUGGACGAGAUGACCGUCAAGAAGGAGGAACAAGACAGGGAGUCUUCGCUGCCUUCAUAUGUCAGCUCGGCAUUGAAGAAAGAACUCGGCACCAAACCACCUGAAUUCACUGGAAAUGUGAAUUCAUCAGAGAUGAGUAAGACAUCAUCAACUUCAGAAAACGAGACUAGGAAGUCUCUGUCCCCUGUGACUCCAGUGCCACCUCAACCUCCUAAAUCUCAGCUAUUUCCCUGCCCUGUCAGCCCCAAAAGCCCACUUCCCUCAGCCACCUCCAAACCUGCACCACAGGCCGUCCCCUUCCAUCGAUCCCUAUCUCCUCCGACUCCCGUUCCAGUUCCCAUAAAACCUCCUUCGGGCCCCAAACCCCCCACAGAACCCAAGCCAGCGCAGACCCCGCACACGACACUCUCCUCGCCUCCUUUUUCAUCAAGAAUCAACCCUCCGAUGCCGGCUUCAAGAGUUCCUGGCCUUUCCGGUCCAUCUGCAGCAUCUCAGCGCGGUCUCCCACCUCCAUCUUUGCCCCAGGAUGAGCCACCGUGGAUGGCUCUAGCCAAGAAGAAGGCCAAAGCCUGGAGCGAAAUGCCCCAGAUAGUUCAGUGACAGACGGGCCUCACAGAAAGUUCGGGUACUCUGGUCCAGUGUGACCUGUGUGUUGGAGGCCCAACAGGCUCACAUUUUGAGUUGACACGACAAAGAGUAUAAAUGGACCAUAAUGCAUUUGCACAUUAUUGAAAUGUUAUUGUUCUCUUCUCUCUUGCUUUCUUGCAACUUGUUUCUAAGCAUGUCUCACACAAAUUCUUUAUUUCUACAUGUACAGCAAUGUUGCAUUAAUGACAGGGUAAGUAUCCCUCCCCCCCAAAUUGUUUUUUUUUUUUUUGCGGAUACAACUCGGAAGGUUGAUCCACACGUGCACUUUUAUUAAUAAUAAAGUGCCUGUUCGAGAGGAGGAAAAAAAUAUUAGUCAGGAGAGGAGAAUUUACAAGUAAUUGUCAAAAUGACCACAAAAACAUCAACGUAGCCGUCUCAGACCUGCUACAUUAAAGAUGAAUCAACACUUUGGGUUCAGUAAGAUCCUCAAAUGUUUCACCGUCAAACAGCCUGUACUCGUAAUACGACCAUGCUUGUGGGGAAAAAUUCUUAAAAGUUAUGAGUUUACUCUAGUAAAUUACAUUUUUUUCCUCAUGUUGCAGCUGUUCUUGUCAUGUUAAUUUUUUUUUUCUCACAACUGUAUUUUUUUCUCAUUAUUUCACAUUGUACAACUUUUCUCUGCUAAGUGUUUACUGCCCUAACAGAGACCAAGAGAGCGAAGAGUCCAAGUCAAGACAGUGUGCUUAUUUUGGGACUUAAUCUAAAAUCACAUUUUGGAGAAAUGUGACCAGAUUGGAACAUUAUCUAAGUUAAAUGACCAAAAUUGUGCUGGUGUUUCACCAAAAUGAUUUAACCUGCAUUUCCUUAACGGGCCGCAAUUACUUUUCAGAUGGUCAGUGUAUUUUUAAGUCUUUUGUCAUCCUAUAGGAACACGAUCUUAAAAGAAUUAUUACAUGGAUUUAAGUCUUUUUUUGUAUUUUUUUUUAAUUGCAUCAUUAUGUUGGAAGCAAUAUGGGGGCUGUUUAAUUUCUGAAUCACAACCAAAUGUACAGUAUGCUAAUAUUGCAGAUAAUCUUAUAAAGAAGCAGUCAAUAGCCAUUUAGAGAUUGAUGUUCUGCUAAUGCAGAGAAAACCAGCAAGAAAGACAACAGAGAUUGCAUUGCUUUCAAAUUCAUCUAUCUCACUAUGAGUUAUAUGUGUUUGUUUUAUUUCGUAUUGCCUUUUGAGUAUUUUUCGUGUACAUACAUGGUGCAGUAAAUAACAAAUGACAAUAUUUUUCUGUGUUUUUGUCUCAUCACCCUUUUUUCUCUACGCUGACUUUUACAAGAAUGACAAUGAUCAUGUGAGCUAAAAAAAAAUUACUUUGUGUCAUUCUGAUUUAAAAAAAAAACACCAUGCUAAAUUCUCAGCUGAAUUAACAGGUAACCUUCAGGGGUUUUCACAUUUUCAAACAUGAAAAAUGGUUUU